UUAAUCUCUACGCUUCUCUCUCUGCAAUUACUCCUUGAGAGCUUCUCUCUCUAAACCAUUGAGUAUUGCUGACUUGAGCGUUGGAGUGUUUUCCCCGAGGAAACAAUCUCAGGAUUUUCAGGUGUGGAAGCAGCUAAGGACUUCAACAGUGUUGGAUUGUGAAGCUGCCGAAACAUUGGCGCCGUCUGUGGGAAACUCGAACAAGAAGUUGUGUGACUAAACCUGCUGAAAGACAAAAUGGUCCGUACCUUUACAGGAGGUCGCCCUCCAAGAAAUGAAAUGGACGAACAGGAGAAUGCUCACGUGUCCGAGCCCGGCUUUAAUGACUUUAGGCCAAUGCCAAGAAAUCUUUUUGUAGGAGGAGCCGAACAGGAUCACCUAAGUGAGACGGAUGAUGAAAGAACACCAAUUGGGUAUGCAACCCAGCCUGAACAGGUCCAAGUUCCAACAGGAACAAGACGAAGACCUUCUAGACCACACAAUUCACAGCAUGAACAACCUGAAAGGUCAACGGAACCUGCUCGGACAACCGAGCUCGAAGAGAGAACUAGAGUUCUCGAAAUGGCAAUGGGAAAAAUCCUUGCCCGCCUAAUUCCUGAUGACCCCCUGAUUCCUUUGCUGAACAGGGAUGCACAACCAGCUGCGGUUGUUGCAACUAGAAACUCCCCCGCUCUAAGCAAUGUAGUAGUCCCGACCAGGCCAAGGGGAAGUGGGAAGUUGAAUAUCGAGCCCAGCUCGUCUAAACAUAGCGAAGAACUGAUGAGAAAGAACGCAGAUCUUGAAAGACAGCUGCAGGACGUACAAAAGUCUAUUGACGAGCUGAAAAGUCCCAGGUCGCACCAACAGACCUUGGAUUUGGAUAGUGCACCACUAAACUUAUCCAUUACGGCAGAGCCGUAUCAAGAGGGAUUCAAAAUUCCCCACCUGGAGACAUAUGAUGGCACGGGUGACCCUGAUGAACAUCUGCACACCUAUCAAGCCAUCAUGAGAAUCCAAAACGCCAAUGACGUCAUGAUGUGCAAAGUGUUCCCGGCAACACUAAAAUCAACAGCCAGGAGGUGGUAUCACAAACUCCCCAGACAUUCAAUAUAUUCGUUUUCCCAGCUCGCCAAGCUGUUUUCUAACAAAUUCGCGAGCCAAAGGGAGAUUAAGCGCACAGCAACUGAGCUGAUGCAAGUUAAUCAGAAGGAAGGGGAGUCUUUGAGGGAUUACAUGCAGCGGUUCAACAAAGCCACAUUGGACAUUGAUAAUGUCCCAGACACGAUCUGCUUGUCCGCCAUGUUGCAUGGGUUGAAGCAUGGCCGGUUCCUCGACGACCUGUUUGAAAACCCACCGAAGACGUGGAACGAGCAAGCUGCCAUUGACGAGGAGGUACAAAAGCUGUUACAGGCAGGCUUCAUCAGAAGAGUGGAAUACUCUGAAUGGGUCUCCAACCCUGUGCUCGUCAAGAAGCCAAAUGGCAAAUGGAGAAUGUGCAUUGAUUUCACCAAUCUCAAUGACGCAUGUCCAAAAGACCCUCACCCGUUGCCAAACGUAGAGAAGUUAGUAGAAUGGGCAGCAGGACAUGAAAGGAUGAGUUUUCUUAAUGCAAUCUCGGGUUACCACCAGGUCCAGUUGUUACUAGACGACCAGGAAAAAACAGCUUUUUACGCUGGGUACGUGGUAUCCAAGAAAGGAAUUGAGGUAAAUCCAGAGAAGGUUGAGGCCGUUCAGCAGAUGGAGCCACCAAGGACUGUCAAAGACGUGCAGCGUUUGACGGGGCGUGUUGCUGCGUUGCACAGGUUUAUAGCCAGAUCCGCGGAAAGGUGCCUUCCGUUUUUCAAAGCUCUACGGGAGCCUAAGAACUUCCAGUGGACUGAUGAAUGUCAACAGGCAUUUGACGAGCUCAAACGAUAUUUGGCAUCCGCACCUUUGCUGUCCAAGCCUGUCGAUGGAGAAAGUUUGUACCUUUAUCUGGGGGUCACAGAAGAAGCAGUGAGUUCAGUACUACUGAGGGAAGAAAAUAAACAUCAGAAGCCUAUCUGCUAUGUGAGCAAGGUGUUACAAGGUGCCGAGCAGAACUACCCGCUAGCAGAAAAGGCUGCUUUUGCUUUGAAGCCAGAGCUCUCUGGUCGGCUCAUCGGAUGGAGUGUAGAACUGAGUGAGUAUGACCUUAAAUUUCAGCCGCGCACAACUGUAAAAGGCCAAGCUGUGGCAGACUUCCUAGUUGAAUGUGCCCCGGCGGCUGUCAAAGAAAAGGUACCUGAAUACCCAGUUUGGGUUUUGUAUGUAGAUGGAGCUGCUAAUGUCGAGGGAUCAGGUGCUGGAGCUGUGUUACUGGGCCCUGAUGGCUUCAAGUCUGACCAUGCACUAAGGUUUAAGUUUCAGACAACCAAUAAUGCUGCAGAAUAUGAAGCCCUAAUAUAUGGACUGAAGCUGGCGGCCGAGCUGAAGUUGCGACAUCAAGGAUCCCCAGCUCAGUCGUUAUGCCUUUGUGGUCAACAGAUGGAAGUCAAGGAUAUUAACCCUCAAAGAUCAACAAUCGUCGAGGUGCUCGACGCACCAAGCUACAUUGAUUUCACAGUCGACUGUCAACUACUCAGUACAGAUCCCUCUACACCGAGCUGGACUACCCCACUCAUAAAUUAUCUACAAAGUGGCGAGCUGCCUGAAGAUCUGUCCGCUGCGAAAUUGAUUAAACGAAGGGCAGCACAUUUCACUUUAUUAGAUAACCAGCUCUACAAACGAGCAACCUCAAUGCCCCUAUUACGUUGCCUUACUCCUUACGAAGCUGAAUACGCUGUGAGAGAAGUUCACGAAGGAGUAUGUGGCACGCACAUCGGUGGCAAAACUUUAGCUCGGAAACUCCUGAGGCAUGGUUAUUACUGGCCCUCUAUGGUCGAGGACGCACAGAGGUAUGUCAAAAAGUGUCCGACCUGCCAGUUCAAUGCUGAUGAUAUACACAUGCCAGGGGAAAUGCUAUCAUCUCUCACGUCUCCCUGGCCCUUUGCUCAAUGGGGUGUCGACCUGCUCGGCCCUUUUAUCAAAGGUAAAGGAGGCAGCACUUUCCUGGUCGUCGCAGUGGAUUACUUCACUAAGUUCGGCAUACCUAAGCGAAUUAUCGCCGAUAAUGGGCCACAGUUCCGGGCGGCAGCACUGAGAUCGUUCUGUAACGACUAUGGCAUUGAGCUCGCCUUAACAUCCGUGUAUACUCCACAGUCCAACGGGCAAGCCGAGUCCGCCAAUAAAAUCGUCUUACGAGGCCUUAGGACACGUGUUUUGGCCGCGCAUUCUAAUUGGGUUGACGAGCUCAAUAAAGUGCUUUGGUCCUGUCGCACCACACCCAGUUCGGCCACGGGCGAAACCCCUUUCAGCCUGGCCUAUGGAGCUGAAGCCGUUAUCCCAGUAGAGGUUGGAUUGCCAUCCGAUCGAGCAGGCCGGCAUGACGACCUCAACAAUGAGCAACUUUUGAGAGAGAACCUGGACUUCGUAGAAGAGGUCAGGGAGAUGUCUAGAAUAAGAAACGUGGCAUAUCAAAACCGUGUUGCAAAAUUUUACAAUAAAAGAGUCCGAGCUCGCCAGUUUCAAGUUGGCGACUUGGUCCUACGUAAAGCUGGAUUAACUAACACUCGUUCGCACAUGGGCAAGCUCGCUCCUAAUUGGGAAGGCCCCUAUAUGGUUGUUCAAGUUAAACGACCUGGUUCUUACGUGUUAACAGAUAUACAAAGGCGUCAGUUACCUUACAUUUGGAACAUACAGAAUCUUAGAAAAUUUUACAGUUAACCUGUAUACUAUUCUUUUAUUCAAGUCGUUAUUCGACAGUUGUAAACAAGGGCAUACCGGAAAUACAACAAGAAUU